AUGAGUUUCGUAAAUAAAACUGUGUUAGUCACAGGAGCCAGUUCAGGCAUAGGAGCGGCAACUGCUAUUGAAUUUGCAAAAGAAGGCGCUACUGUCGCAAUAGUUGGAAGAAAUGAAGGGAAACUAUUGAAAAUCGCCAAACAAAUAGAUCAAAUCGGAGCAAAGUAUUUAGUAAUAAAGGCGGAUGUAAGCGAAGAUCAUGAAAUAAAACGUGUAAUAGAAGAGGUAAUAAGUAAAUUUACUAAAUUGGAUGUAUUGGUUAACAAUGCAGGUCUUAUUACAUUUGGAAGUAUCUUAGAUGGAAGAAUACUAGAAGCAUUUGACUCUGUAAUGAAAGUAAAUAUUCGAGCUCAUAUUAAUAUUACAAAUUUAGCUGCACCAUACUUAAUUAAAUCAAAAGGAAAUAUUGUAAACGUUUCUAGUGUAGUCGGAACACUAACAGGGACAAUAGGUAUGACUCCAUACUGCAUCACGAAAGCUGCAUUAAGUCAUUUUUCUCGCUGUGCGGCUUUAGAAUUAGCUGAAAAAGGUGUUAGAGUCAAUACGGUGAGCCCUGGGCCUGUAGCAACGGAUAUAUUGGAAAAUGCAGGGCUUGGUUCCACGAAAAUGGAAGAUGUUUUACCUGAAACUCCACUUAAGAGAGUAUCAGAUUCGGUUGAAGUUGCGAAUGUCAUUCUUUUUCUAGCAAGUGCCAAGGCAAAUGGUAUAACUGGUUCGGAAUAUAUAAUUGAUAAUGGAUGGUGUAUUAAGAAUUAA